ACACUGCCAGCGCCUGCCCAUCCGCCGGGGACGGAACCGUACAGUCCGGACGACCCGGUACGCACCGGGUACCAAGCAUUGACGCUGGCGGCCUUCCGUUCACCCGGUCUGCUCGGAACGCAUGGCUUUGGCUUCGGCAGCAAUUUCGGGUUCCGCGAUCCAUCGACGUCGUCGCCGUCCGCCGCGUACGAUACGGCCGGCCAUCCCGCCCUGCCGCCCGCAUCGCUCGCCGGUGCCGCCGGUUCACUGCUGAACCUGUCGCAGCACGCCGCAGCAGCCGCCGCCGCCGCCGCCAGCACACACUUCCGACCAGCACAUCACACCGAGUCGGGCAGUCCGGUCAAUCUGUAUCUCGGCGGCACGGGCGUAGGCCGGGACAACGCACACGACCACCAGCAGCACGGGACGGAAAGCCCGUACGGCCGAUCGUACCACGGCUCGGUGGACGGUUCGGGACUAUCGGCACUGUCCGAGCAUCUUACCGGCGGGGGGCUUUCGUCGUAUGGUGCAAGCGACCCGGACAAAGCGGACCAGGACGACGAAAUCAACAUCCUACCGGACGGAUCGCGGGGUAACAGUCCGGUCAACGGGCGGCUGAACAGUAGCAACUACGGUUCGGAGGGCAGUCCCGAGCCGGAGGGACGCGAGUCACGCUCCAAGCACCGGCGGGAAGAAUCGUGCGGCAGUCCGCUAGGCAGUGCCCGCUCGUACUCUAGUCAGACGAAGGACGGUGAGCUGGUGGGUCUGGUGGGCAGCUAUCCCCUUUCCGGCAGUCCGCACGGCGGCGAGGACAGUGUGGGAUCGUCCCGGAGUCCGGAAAACCUUUCGCACGGCGGCAGCACCUGUGGCCAGUCGGCGGGAUCGCUUCCGUGCCAUUCGACGGCGGGCGCAACGUCGGGACAUUCCGGAGCAUCCGUAGCGUCCUUCGCUCUUUCCGCCGUUGGACACCAGCUGGCACAACAGCAGCAGCAGCAGCAGCAGCAGCACCAUCUAAACCAUCAUCACAACCCCCAGCAUCAUCAUCAUCACUUACACAGUAACAACAACAACAACAACAACAACAACAGCAGCGGUGCAGUGAACCACAACCAUCUGGCGAAGGGCAAAACGCCGCACACGAUCUCGGACAUGCUGGACCACAAGCUGCAGCUCAGCUUCCUGGGGCCGCCGCUCGCGGCCCUUCACUCCAUGACGGAGAUGAAGGCGGCCCAGCAGCAGCAGCACCACCACCACCAUCAAGGCCACCCCCAGCCCCACCAGGGAGGGGCUCAGGGUGCGCCCCAUUCCGGGCCGGUCAGUCCGAGCCAGCAGACGGCCGUAUCGCAGACGCAAACGCAUGCCAGCACGGCCAGCAACCCGCACGGUAUCGAUACGAUACUGUCGCGGCCGCCGCCCGUCACCACCGCUCAACUGAAUGCCUUAGGAGGCGGUAUGCCCCGCUUUACGGCGGCCGUCGCUGCGGCAGCCAACAUGGCGCAGUAUCUGUCGCAACAGAACCACGCCAACGGGCCGAUGAAGGCCCACGCCGGCCCGCUCGUCGACCGGACGCAUCUGUACUGGCCCGGGCUGCAGGGUUUGGUCGCUAACCCGAUGGCGUGGCGCGAUCGGUUGGGUUCCAUGUCGGCCAGCCUGUCGCAGAGCCAUCACGCCCAGGACAAGGACGGCAAGAAGAAGCACACCCGGCCCACGUUCAGCGGUCAGCAGAUAUUUGCCCUCGAGAAGACGUUCGAGCAGACGAAGUACUUGGCCGGUCCGGAACGGGCCAAGCUGGCGUACGCGCUCGGUAUGACGGAGUCGCAAGUGAAGGUGUGGUUCCAGAAUCGGCGCACCAAGUGGCGCAAGAAGCAUGCGGCCGAGAUGGCCACGGCCAAGCGGAAACAGGAAGAGCUCGGCGACGGUGACGGUGACUGCAGCGAGCCGAUGGAUUCCGAUUCCGAGAGUUUGGAUCUAGUCGACACCGGAAGCAACCAGCGGAAGCGCUGCCGAAUGGAGGACGAUAUGCGGCAUUAGCACGGAGCAGUGUGAGGCUUUCGGGGCUAGGGGCGACGCUCGACCGAUGAAGCAGACACGUGUGGAGGAAGGGAAAGAAAAAUCGAAUUUAUUACACGUUAGUUUUACACGGCCAGUUAAAGGCAAAAAUCGGAAGCAGGACGGUUUUCACCGCCGAACAGAGGGCAUGGAAAGCUGCGCAAAGCUUCACACUCAUGGCACACCUAGAUCCAGCGCUGGGGGUUGUUAGGUCCCGUGAUCUUCCUUUCCGUUUAUGUAGUUGAUCGUGGGAUGCUUUGUAAAUGUAAAUGUGGUAUGAUUGUGCUGUUUGUUUGUGUGUGUGUAUGUAUGUGCGUGUAUGUGCGUGUGGGUCGGGAUGAGUUCGAUGUAAGACUUGUAUGUAUGUGUACCCCCUAACCUCCCUUAUUAUCAUCUAAUCGGAAGGUGAUUCACUUUUGCUUAAGCACUUCUCCACCAACGGGGAGUUUUAUUGUACAAAACAUUAAAGUAGAAACUAAACAUAAGAUUCACGGUAGCAGCAGCAGCAGCAGCAGCGUAAAGUAUUAAUCAGAAGCGGCUUGCAUAGGGUAGAGCAUAAUGUUGCACUACAUUAGGUUCCGUGUAGUACCCGCAACGAAAGCAUUCCACAUAAUUUAUGAACGAGUUCUGAAUAGACUAUUCCCACAGUAACGGUGGUUUAGUGUGUUACCCCUGAAACACACUCCAAACUCUUGUUUGAAAGUAAUAAACGUGUUAGGUUUGAGGAGCAAUAGAACAAGAUUGAAGCAAAAAAAAAAACAACAACCAGCAUUUAAGAAAAUGACAACAUCUGGUCUAUUUUGCACCUGCUUUUUUUGGUUUCAUCGUGUUAUGGAUGAUUUAGAGCAGCAAAAACAAUGUAAAAAUAUUAAACAGAUCAUUCGCGCAAACUAGCUAAACACUAAGUCGAGCCCAACAAAAAACCAGAAAUGCAUACAUUCCAAGGCAACUGUAACAGUGAUGACGCUAUGUCGCUGGGAGAUGUAAAAAGUAGUAAACAUAAUUUAACAUCCACACACACACACACACACACACACACACCUUACAACUUUCAUGUAACCACUAUUCGAAUUACGGUAGCAAGGGCAACGAGAAAGGGAAAGGAGAAUAAACAGAUACAAAUACAGCCAGCAGACGGAGAUCGAUGAAUGCGAAAAGAUAAAUAUAAUAUUUAAUCGGUUAAAGGAAAAAAAGGACCGUUUAUGCACGGUCGGCGUGUCCGGUCGGGGGUAGAGAUUCAAAAUCAACAAGAUAAUAGCAGGGGCAGAAGGUGGCCAGUACCGGGAGACAGAUCGGCAGACAGGAGCAAGCUGUACGCAGCACGCCAAUAAUACAGUUCGCAAACGUUUAAUAAAGACACUGGAAAAUAAUUAAAAACAA